AAAACAACAGCCCGAGGAAAACGGAGAAGAAGAGCGUCAUCUUCUUCGUUGGUAGUGUAAGCUAGAUCAGGAAUGUGGUAAACAGCAACGAGGCCUUGAGAAAUUGGCAGAAAUAACACGGGUCUGAUUUCUGUUGUUAGCAGAAAUAUCUGUGUGAAUUUCAGUGAAUUGGUGUAAGGUUUUUCUACAUGGGAGCGACUAAGCUGUUCCUACUCCUGGUUCCUGUUUGAACCUUGAAAAGCAGAUUUCACUACUCCAAGGCAAAAAAAACAAUUCAUGACUUCUUCACCUGUGUAUGUGACUGUUUACCAGGUCACGUCAGCCCCCCUCACACACAUGAGUACUAUUUUCUCCUUGAGCUGGGCCGAGCGCCAUGCCUGACCGGGACAGUUCCUACCUGUCAUGUGGUGGUGGCAGUGGUGGUAGUCUGGUUGAGGAAGGAGGACCUGGGUCUGGUUUGACAGGGGGCUCGGCAGAGGGCAGAGGGGGUUCAGGAGGAAGUGUUGGAGGCAACAUCUCUGGCUCUGGGAGCAUGGGGGGAGGAGGGGCGCUGGGAAACGGCAACAAUUGUGGGAAUGGUGGAGGUGGGGGGCAAGGUGCAGGGCUGGCGUUGGAUGGUGUCUGCAGGGACUUCAUACGCAAUGUCUGCAAGAGAGGGAAACGCUGCCGCUUUAGACACCCAGACUUCAAUGAGGUGCCAGACUUGGGCGUGCAAAAGAACGAGUUCAUCUUUUGUCAUGACCAUCAGAAUAAGGAGUGCAUGCGCUCCAAUUGCCGCUUUGUCCAUGGAUCUAAAGAGGAUGAGGACUAUUACAAGAAAACAGGAGAACUACCCCUCAGAUUAAGAGGGAAAGUUGCAGCACGGCUGGGCCUGUCCCCCAUGGAUCUCCCCCAUAGCCGUGGGGAGGUCCCUAUCUGCAGAGACUUCCUGACAGGGGAAUGCCAGAGGGGCAACAAAUGUAAAUUUCGCCAUGUCAAAAAAGACUAUGAAUAUGAACCUUCCAGGGUUGGAGUUGGUGGUGUUAUGGGGCCAGGUGCCAGUGGAAUGGUGAAUGCUGGUGGAGGGAUAGGUGGUGGAGGAGGAGGUGCCUGUGGAGGAAUGCAGGGACUUGUGGGAGGUGGAGGUGGGAGUAAUAUGAUGGGGAUGGGCUGUCCCAGCUUGGGUGGUUGCAGAGAUCCAGGUAUCUCAGGAGUUGGCGGAGUAGGCGGAGGUGGGAUAAGUGGUUGUCUCUCGAUAAGUUCUUCAGGACAGCGGCGUUAUGACAGGAGCUCAUGCUCAGUGUAUGAUCCUCUGCUUGAAAGUGGGCUUUUUGACGCUGGUUCCCUGGAGGCCUCAAUGGACCACACCGCUCUACAGUUGAAGAGGCGGCGGUUGGAGGGGCUUCGCCUGGCAGAUGGAAACGGAGGUGGACAUUAUGAGCUGGGAGUUCAGGCCACCUUGGCACGUCCGCUUGAGUACAGGUUCCUGGAGGAAGAAAACUCCCUGCUGAGGAAGAGAGUGGAAGAGUUGAAGAAGCAGGUUUCUAAUCUCAUUGCCACAAAUGAGGUUCUUCUGGAGCAGAACGCCCAGUUCCGGAGCCAGGCCAAGGUGAUGACGCUCUCUUCCACUCCUGCACCCACUGAGCAGAGUCUGGCUCCCCCUGUGGGUGCAGUAAGUUCCUACAAUCACAGCAUCGCCCAGACUCACACCACCCUGAGCAGCGCUGGACUGCAGCCUCGGCCUGUCACACAGCAAGACCUGGUAGCUCCCACCGGCGCCCCUGCGGCUCCCCCAACUAAUGCAGCCCCACCUACAGCUCCCCCGCCUCACCUCAACCCUGAGAUCACCCCCCUCUCAGCAGCUCUUGCACAGACCAUUGCCCAAGGGAUGGCACCUCCUGUUUCUAUGGCACCGGUGGCUGUAUCUGUGGCACCAGUGGCAGUGUCUAUGACGCAGCCCCUGCCGGGAAUUACCAUGAGUCAUGCCACCACCCCGAUGGUGUCGUACCCCAUUGCAAGUCAGAGCAUGAGGAUCACCACUCUGCCACACUAACUGAGUCAUGGUCAGGACCAUAGUACCCACAAGUCAGACUGUAGCAUCCUCUUUGGGGAUUUUUAACAUAGAUGGUCUCCCUUUAUCUGUAUGAGACUCAACUGAUGAGAGAACCGUGACAAGAGUGAGGCAUAGACACUUGUGCGUCACCACCAGAGGGCAGGAUAAAGACUUGCUUCAGCCUCCCUCACUCUGCAUUCUGCGGCAACAUUGUGAAUACAUUUUUUCCUCCAGACUGACUGACCUGUGUACUCUGACAAAGGUCUGUGUACCAAAAUGGAUCUUUUCAAACACAGACACCAAAAAAUGGAAACAAGCUAUAAAACAUGUGAAGUCAUUCAUAGUGUUUGAACCAUGUCAGUGAAAACUCUGCUCUGCCAUACUUGUCGGGGGACAUGAAGACUUUGGAAGCAGUUUGUGUUUAUAUUUUUGUGGUUUGCUCUGGUGUAAAUUAACUUUGGUACUUUGCACAUUAAAAAAAAGAAUAACAACCA